AUGUUCCCGCCGUCGGCAGGGUACAACCUCGAUAUCGAGGCCAUCAGUGGCAUUAUGGGUUCUAUCUCAAUUGCCUGCUGGGUGGUCGUCUUUUCGCCUCAGAUCAUCGAAAACUUCAGACGCAGCAGCGCCGAGGGUCUGAGUAUAGAGUUUGUUAUCAUAUGGCUUCUCGGAGAUUUUGCCAAUAUCAUCGGUGCGGUUAUGCAAAGAGUCCUUCCUACAAUGAUUAUCUUGGCCAUCUACUACACAUUUGCGGAUAUUGUCUUGCUGGCUCAAUGCUUUUACUAUCGUGGAUUCCACUUCAGAGAUCCCAAGCCUGUCAAGCCUUCGGAUAGUGAAGAGAAUACCCCCACUGAGCGCUCUGCUCUUUUGUCCGCCAAUGGCAAUGGCAACAGCGAGCUUCCUCGCACACGCUCAGCAUCAUCUUUCGGCGAGCGCUUUGUGAAUGAGGGUGUCCACAUGUCGCCUGCAAACCCCAUGCACCCAACUCCCAAGGUGCAAAGACCCAGAACCGCCAAGCGUUCUAUUUUGCAGAAACUGCUCUUCAAUCUGACUUGCAUUGUUCUCGUCGUCGCAGCCGGUGUCGCAGGCUACUACCUCAGUCCUUCAUCCAACAGCGGCAAUGAGACCGAAGAACAGCAAAACGACAGCCUGCACUUCAACGUUGUCGGCCAAGUAUUCGGUUACCUGUGUGCUGCCCUCUACCUCGGCAGUCGCGUACCUCAAUUGCUCCUCAACUACCGCCGCAAGAGCACCGAAGGUCUCAAUGCUCUUUUCUUCCUCUUCGCCUGCAUUGGAAACUUGACCUAUGUGCUCAGCAUCUUCGCCUUCAACCCCAUAUGCCACCAUGGCAAGCACGGCCAGAAAUGCAGACCUGGAGAGGCCAGUGCUAUUUACGGCAGAUAUAUUUUGGUCAAUCUGAGCUGGUUGCUCGGCAGUUUGGGCACGCUUUUUUUGGACUUUGGAGUUUUUGCGCAGUUCUUCAUCUAUAGAACUCAGGAUGAGGAUGAGCAAAGUUUUGAGGAUGGUAUCGAAGAGGAGAGCAGAGGAAGAUCUGUACAAUAG